AUGUCACCGCAUCCCAUCGCUCAUUAUCUGAUGCCGACAUUGAGAGGGAGUGCAAGCUUCAUCUCGCACUGCGAGAGGGAGAUCUGGGGCAGAACCGCAUCUUCGGAGAACCCCAAUCUGCAUGGUCGUCCUGUCUUUCUCGCCCUCUUCAACGCGGUGCUAGCCCUCGGCGCAAUAACGGCUGGUGAGGAUGCGUUCUUCAUGCAAGGCGCUCCCUCAGGGCACUCUCCUACGGCAGAUAUCCUGAGGAGAGAUCCAAACGGGGAUGCGCCGAUUUAUCCGCCGUUGAAACUUGCAAAACUCUUCUUUGAAAGAGCAAAGGAAAAUCUCAGCGAUCCUUUCGAGGCUUGUUCGUUUGAGAGCACCCAAACAUUGUUUCUCAUGGCCGUCUUCUGCCAGAAUGCACUAAAGCCGCACAGCUGCUACAUGUAUAGUGGCAUGGCUGCAAGGACUGCACUUGCAAUUGGAAUUCCAAGUUGCGUCGAUCACGGGUCUACUCAAGCGAGCAGUCUCUGGUGGGGACUGUAUUCUCACGAAAUUGAAAUGUGUGCUUCCGUGGGGCGCGAAUCGGCCUUAAGGGAGCCGCAUCACUACCAAGUUCCACUACCGCAAAUCUUGCCUCUUGAGAGUUCAUGUCAAGCUCUCAUCGGCUGUAUGGUUGCUCUGGCGCAACUAUUGAGGGAACUCUCGCAUGAGGUCUACCAAUCAAACAGCACCCUCACCUUAACGGAGAGGUCGGCCAGAUCCCUUAGCCUUGACAAGCGUCUCAUGGUCUGGAAGGAUCAACUACCGCCCACCUUGAACCUGGAAAAGACGUCUCUAGUGGAGCCGGAAUGGGUCUCAAAACAGAAGAUUGUGCUCAGGCUUCGCUUCUUCAACGCCAGAAUCCUAUUCCACCGCCCGUUCCUCAUUGCAGCAGCAACCGAAGAAAACCCCGAGCCAUAUUUGACUCAUGUCCAGUUGUGCGUGGAAGUAUCCAGAAAGACGAUCGAAUUGCUGUACGAUGCGUACGUACAUCGACCAUAUUUCCGUACAUGGUGGUACAACGCCACGUAUACCCUCUAUGCUACUAUGAUCCUCCUCUACGUAGUGCUUUCUAACAUACAACCGGGGCCUGAGGAUGAUCUUCUCCAGGAUGUUGAGAAGAGUCUCGAAAUUUUCAAUGCCAUGAAUAUGAUCGUUGUGGCGCGGAGAUGCGCCGAGAUCACGACGGAGAUAUUGGAAAUCACAAGAAAGCUUGUUCAAGAACGUCGCGAGAAAGAACGACCCCCACGACAACAGGAAUCCACAGCUGGCGAUAUUACAGGAGAUGUUCUGCCAACAGUAUCCGAUCCUACUGUGCAUACGUUGCCUGGCUUUGGGUUUGACAUAACGCAUGAGAAUCUGUUCGAUAUUACGCGAGAAGAUCUUUUCGCCAGCCUUGUCGACUGUAAUUUGAUGGACGGGUUUACCGACUAUGGGAGCGGCUUUGUGGAUGGGCCAGAUACGGAUUCGGCGGCUGCGUCUCGAAACAUUCCCGUUAUCAACCAAGGUGAAGGUAACUUCCAAACCUAUCGUAUGGGCAAUGACGGGGUACUGGGAGGCGCCAUCUUAAGGCUUGACGAGACGGCACAGGACUCUUACCAAAGGCUCACUUGGUAG